AUGGAGAUAUGGUCUGACGCUCUGACCCCGGCUGAUGAGAUUCGCAGGAGAGAAUCCAAGUCAAUAUACGAAUAUGAGACUCCCCUGAGAGGGAGGGACCCGGGGGAGAAGGCCCAGAGGGAGGGGAGCAACCCGGGGGAGAAGGCCCAGAGGGAGGGGAGCGACCCGGAGAGGGCCCAGAGAGAGGGGAGCGACCCGGAGAGGGCCCAGAGAGAGGGGAGCGACCCGGAAAGGGCCCAGAGGGAGGGGAGCGACCCGGAGAGGGCCCAGAGGGAGGGGAGCGACCCGGAAAGGGCCCAGAGGGAGGGGAGCGACCCGGAGAGGGCCCAGAGGGAGGGGAGCGACCCGGAGAGGGCCCAGAGGGAGGGGAGCGACCCGGAGAGGGCCCAGAGGGAGAGGGACUUGGCCUCUAAAUGUGGCCUCACCUGCUAG